AGGCGCGCUCUUCUGCCGUCGUUCUCCCUGCACGUAAGGCUCCUUUCCUCUCACACACGGCGCGCUCCCCGUCUGCAAUCCCUCUCCGACGCUCCUCCAAUUGUCUUCGGGUGGUGCGCUUUUUUCUUGGGGUUUUGCAAAAGACGGUGCGGGAUCAACCGCGUCUCAUCGUCGCAGCAGACGAAUACGAAUCGCAGGGAAAAGGCGAGGAGAGCAUCACCCUGCACCCUGCCUGGCGGAGUGAGCAAGUUUAGCACCGCGGCAGCCCUCGGAAGCAAUCGGGUGGGUUGGAUAGAUCAAGGAGGGUCAAGGCAAGAAGUAGACCUAGCGAGGCGCUGAGGGACUAUGGCUUCGGCGGAAGUGAUGGCAAUGCCUGUAGACACGUCAACAGGAGAUGCUGCAGGCAAAGAGCGGCAGCAGCAGGCAGCAGCAGAAGACGCCGUCGCAGCUCAGGAUGUCUAUGUCAAGCUCAAGUCUCUGCAGAAGCACAUGGAGUUCCUUGAUAUCCAGUGCCACAAAGCAGCAGGAGCGGAUGGGAUAGUCAACGAGUUCAUGAAGUUCGGGGGGGAAGGAGAUGAUCCAGCUGAUGGAAAAGCUGUACAAUUGGUUGUGGAAAAACGAGUAUUCGCCAAGUGGAUGAAGGGAAGGAGUGGUUGUGAUUUUGUAAAGACAGGAGACAAGGCUGACCCAGGAAACUGCAGGGGGAUCACACUGUUGAACACAGUAAGAAAAGUGUUAUGUAAGCUGCUGAACGAUAGGAUAGUGAGAGUACUGGAGAAGGAACAUAGCAUUAGUGAGGGCCAGGCAGGUUUCCGCAAGAAGAGGGGGUGCGUAGACCACGUGUUCACGGUAGGGAGAAUCAUCCAAGGUAGAAAGAGGGCGGGAAAGCCGACGUACUGCUUCUUCCUGGACGUGAAAAAGGCAUACGACACCGUGUGGAGAAAUGGGUUGUGGAAACAACUGUCCAAAUACGGGAUCAAGGGGAAAAUGUGGAGAGUGCUGAAGAAGAUGACAGAGUGUACGAAAAGCGCGGUCAUGCUAGACGGAGAACUGUCAAAAUUCUUCGACAUUGAGCAGGGGGUCCCACAAGGUUGCACGCUGUCCCCAACAUUGUUUCAGAUGUUUGUCAACGAUAUUUUGGAAGUCGUAGAGGCAGUCCGGAAGGGAGUAAUGGUAGGGGACACGGAAACGUCGGUGUCAGGAAUGCUGUUUGCGGAUGAUUUUGUCGGUAUGUCGGACACCCCUGAGGGACUGCAACUGCAAAUUGACGCGGCGAAGAAGUUUACUGAUAAGUGGAGAUUGUCUGCCAACGUUCAGAAGAGUGCCGUCAUGGUAUGCAACGAGAACAAGGAGGAACCAGUAGAACAUAGAUGGAAGUGGGGGAUCGAGGAGAUUGCAGUAGUGGACCAGUACACAUACCUCGGAGUAGAGAUCGCAAAAGACUGCUCGUGGAAUGCACACAUGUCCAAGGUAGCGGAAAAGGGCAAAGCACGAGCAGGGAAGCUGCACCCAAUACCCGCAAACCGCCACCUCGAUACACGCAUCAAUUUGACGGUUUUGAAGAGCGUAAUCGUACCGCCGCUAGAGUACGCCGGAGAAGUAUGGGAAGGAAAUAAGAAGGAAGGAAUAGGGUUCAAGGACUACCUACAUGGACCAAUGGAUGCAGGAACAAAGCUUAAGGUCAAAUUCAGGACCGGGGCCAUAGGCCUUCGAGAACGUCGACGAAGACACGGGACGGUAGACGACGAAAACGACGAGUUCAAAUGUGAUUGCAGGUUCGAAUGCGAAGACCGUGUUCAUGUAGUCGCGGAAUGUCCGUGGUACAAGNGGAAUGAGGAGUACAUCAAGGACGAGAUGAAAAACCUGAAGCGGGAGCUCAUCCGUGCGAAGGAGGAAAUCAAGCGGAUCCAGUCGGUGCCGCUGGUGAUCGGGCAGUUCAACGAGAUCAUCGACGCGAACUACGGCAUCGUCGGGUCGACGGCGGGAUCGAACUACUUCGUUCGCAUCUUGAGUACCCUGGACCGAGAGGUGCUAAAGCCGAACACGUCGGUAGCGCUGCACCGCCACAGCCACAGCGUGGUGGAGAUACUGCCCCCGGAGAGCGACUCCACGAUCCAGCUCAUGCAGGAGAGGCCGGACGUGACAUACCACGACAUCGGGGGCAUGGACAUGCAGAAGCAGGAGGUGAAGGAAGCGGUUGAGCUCCCGCUGACGCACUUCGACCUGUACAAGCAGAUCGGCAUCGACCCCCCGAGAGGCGUGCUCAUGUACGGUCCUCCGGGAACGGGCAAGACAAUGAUGGCCAAGGCCGUAGCUAACGCCACGAGCGCUUCGUUCAUCAGCGUGGUGGGGUCAGAGUUCGUGCAGAAGUAUCUCGGGGAGGGGCCCCGCAUGGUGAGGGACGUGUUCCGCCUGGCGAGGGAGAACUCACCUAGCGUCGUCUUCAUCGACGAGAUCGACGCCAUAGCCACCAAGCGCUUCGACGCGCAGACUGGGGCUGACCGCGAGGUGCAGCGAAUCCUGCUCGAGCUGCUCAACCAGAUGGACGGUUUCGACCAGAGCACCAACGUUAAGGUGAUCAUGGCGACGAACCGGGCGGAUACGCUUGACCCGGCUCUGUUGCGUCCGGGGAGAUUGGACCGCAAGAUCGAGUUCCCGGUGCCGGAUCGACGGCAGAAGCGCAUGGUGUUCACGGCUUGCACCGCCAAGAUGAACCUUAGCGAGUCGCACCGCACCCUGCCACCAACCGAUGCACCAUAGGCCUUGCGAGAACUAGAAAACACAAGCCGAAAAUAAACCUUGUACAGUAGAAGGCACCCACCCACCCAUGUCUCGGCGCGAAGUCCACGUCCCUCCGUCUGCUCUCGAAUCACAAAGCGUCCAUUCCAAUAUGGCCAACACACGGCUGUUGAGCACUGCCAUGAUGAUGAUGGCGUCUGCUGCUGCUGCUCUUGCUGCUGCUGUGAUCACUCAGGGCGUUAGUUCCUUGUGUGCGUGCUUUCUUGCUCUCGCCACGCUUAUCUAUUUGCUCACCACGCAUUCCCUCUCUCUUCUCCCCAGCAACCCAAAAGCAAUCCAAGUCUAGUCCAGAGGGAGGUAUAUAUAUAGAUUGACGAAAUCGAUGACAGCAUGUUUUUUUUUUUUCUCCCAUCAUCGGACUCUGUCGUCUGCCCCUCUGGCCCCCAUCCUCCACUUCUACCAGCUAGACGACCCAACCGGGGUCACAUAGGAUGGGGGUUGGACCCCCUCCUGCGGUUCCUGCCUGAGAUAUGUUUAUUUCGAGAAGGGUACAGCAACCCCUUCCCUCGCGACUUAUGAAGUCGAUAAAGUUUUCUAACAACGAGCUUUGCAGCGCGUCGCUUCCAACGGAGACCAGGAUUUAAUCGGUGUGUUCGUCCUCUUCUUCCUGGCGUUUGUCUACACUCCUCUCGGUGUACAUUUAUGUCACGUACAUCAGUAUUAGCCAGGGUCACAUGGAAGGCUUUUUAAUUUCAUCAACGUUACACUGCCCCGUCUUUCCUCCUGUGGUGUGUGAUGUAAAAGCCUUCCACCAUGUAUAUGAUCGGCUCCUGUGGUGGUGUGCAAUGAUGAGUUGAUGUCAAGGGGUGCGCUCGUCGUGUUACUUGUUAGUUGCUGUGGCAUGACGUGGCAGCACUCCAGCAGUACCUUCUUGUCUUGUUAUAUUGCCCGUUGGCUCUGUUCCAAGCGUGUGCAGUGAGUGUGCAAGCAAAGCGAAGCGGAGCGGCGGUGCGGCUGUAGGCUGCAGCAAUAUCGCACCCACACAGCGCCUUCUCUAAUAGAUACAAGUGCUUAUUCCGAGACAGCACAACCGGGGGGGCUGGGGUGUCGUGGAGCUUGUACUGCAAUUGUACAAACGGCGGCUUACGUUCACUCUUCGCAGCGCACGAGUCGUUUGAUUUUUCUGCGAUGCUGUUUGUGUUGCUGCGAGACAUCGAAAGAAGCACACGAGCGUGUUGAACGCGGGGUGUAGAAUGGCGUGAAGGCGGAUUUUUUUCGAGAUGAUCCUACCCUGUCGCCCCGGUGGUCUAGUUGGUAACCUCGAAACCUUCUAGAGGUCAGGUCAGGGGUUCGAAUCCCGGCGUAAGCGAGCUUUUCUUGCAAUGUGAGUUUUUCUCUCGCUUCCGCUCCUGGCCUAGUGGAUAGCGCUAGUUCGAGUGUACACAGAGGGAAGAGAGUGCUGAACUCUUCUCGCAUAAAAAAUCGAAGGCAAAGUACCGCAGGAGGGGAGGGCAGAGAGAGGCUCUUCUGUGUGACC